AUGUCAGAUAUGUCAGAUUCCGAAUAUUCUGAAUAUGUUCCAGACGAAGAGGAAUAUAUCCCAAAACCUACAAAAACGCGUAAACCAACUGUAAAAGCUUCCACAAAUAAAGCUUCUUCCAGUAAAGUCACUUCUAGUAAAGCUUCUUCUAAUAAAUCUCUUUCUAGUAAAGCCUCAGCUGGUAAAACCACUUCUAAUAAAGCUACCACUAGUAAAGUCACCUCUAGCAAAGCAACUUCUAGUAAAGCCGCUUCUAGUAAAUUCACUUCUAGUAAAGCCUCUUCAACUAUCACUCCUUUUAACGAAAUUUCGUCGAAUAAAACUGCAACACAGGCAAAAAAAACUGUUGAAGAAAUAUACCAAAAGAAAACUCAACUUGAGCAUAUCUUAUUAAGACCUGAUACUUAUGUUGGUUCAGUUCAAGCGUCAGCCGAGAAGCUAUGGGUUUAUGAUUCGAUUAAAAAUAUCAUGGUCUAUAAAGAAAUUAAUUAUGUUCCAGGUUUAUACAAAAUAGUAGAUGAAAUAUUGGUAAACGCUGCUGACAACAAAAUUCGUGAUCCCUCUAUGGAUACUAUAAAAGUCGUUAUUAAUCAAGUUCGAGGCGAGAUUUCUAUCUAUAAUAAUGGCAAUGGUAUACCCAUCGAAAUUCAUAAAGAAGAAAAUGUAUGGGUACCAGAACUAAUAUUCGGCCAUCUUUUGACAUCUUCUAAUUAUAAUGAUGAUGAAAGGAAAGUUACCGGUGGUCGGAAUGGUUAUGGCGCCAAAUUGGCAAAUAUCUUUAGUACACAAUUCAUUGUUGAAACUGUUGAUAGUUCCAUUGGAAAAAAAUAUCGUCAAAUAUUCAGAGAUAAUAUGACUGUCACAGAACCUCCAGAAAUCUCGCCUUAUUCAAAAAAAGAGGAAUACACUAUGAUCACUUUCAAGCCCGAUUUUCAAAAGUUUAACAUGCAUAAUGGGCUUGAUGAUGAUUUCAUAUCGCUUUUGAAGAAACGUGUGUAUGAUUUAGCUGGUGUCGUAAAAGAUGUCAAAGUUUUCUUGGAUAAUGAAAGAGUGAGAAUCAAGAAUUUUAAAGAUUAUGUCCUGAUGUAUUUGAAUGAAUCUGAUGAAGUUGACUUAAAAUCGACAAUUAUUUAUGAAGAAGUCAAUCCAAGGUGGGAAAUUGCCUUUUUCCCAUCUCCAGAAGGAUCAUUUCAGCAUAUUAGCUUUGUCAAUAGUAUUUGUACAUCCAAAGGAGGUUCUCAUGUCAAUUAUAUCGCGGACCAAAUUAUAGAGAGGUUAAUGAUAGCGGUCUCGAAAAAGGCCAAGGAUGCAAAGUUAAUGAAAAAAAACCAAAUCAAAAAUCAUAUGUGGCUUUUUAUCAAUUGCUUAAUCGAAAAUCCGAGCUUCGAUUCUCAGACAAAAGAAACUUUAACAUUAAGAGCUUCAUCAUUUGGUUCAAAAUGCAAUCCAAGCGAUGCAUUUUAUAAUAAAUUACUUAAAAGUAAAGUCGUUGAAAGUAUCUUGGAAGAUGGCGGUAAAGAUGCAGCUAGUGCACGUUAUAUCAGCAUUACGAUUCCUACAUUGACUAGCAAAGACAAAUAUAAAGUCCGCGGUAAAAUCGAGCCAAUAGAAAAUAAAUCAGAAGUUAGAAUUACUGAAUUGCCGAUUCGUGUUUGGACACAAAGCUAUAAAGAACAGCUUGAACAGUGGAUUGCCGGAACAGAUAAAGUACCCGCUUGGAUAAUUGAGUACAAUGAAAAUCAUACGAUAACUAACGUUGAUUUUACCGUUAAAUUGACUGAAAAUAAUUUUAAUGAUGCUUUAGAAGAAGGACUUGAAAAGAAAUUCAAAUUGACUUCUAUCAUUAACACAUCAAAUAUGGUAUGUUUUGAUGGGAAAGGAAGAAUCAAAAAAUAUACUUCAGCUGAAGAGAUUCUUAGGGAAUUUUAUGAUUAUAGGCUAGAAUAUUACUAUAAAAGAAAGGAAUAUAUGUUGAAGGUAUUGGAAGUCGAAGUUAACAAACUCAGAAAUAAAGUUCGGUUUAUUCAAAUGAAGAUAAAUCAUGAUCUCAAAUACGAAGGACUUCGUAAAGCUGAUAUCAUUAAAUUACUUGAGUCCAAAGGUUUUGAAAGAUUCAAAAAUUCCAAAGAAGAGAAUAAUGAUGAUGAUGAAUCUGGUGAUGGCGAUGGAUAUAAUUAUUUAAUGAAUACUAAAUCUUGGAGUUUUUGUAAGGAAGAUGCACAAAAACUCGUGAAUAAAAGAGUCGAGAAAGAAUUGGAACUUGCCGAACUUCAAAAUAAGACUCCGCAAAUGAUUUGGAAAGAAGAUCUAAAUAAUUUCUUAGAAGAAUGGAACAAAUUAUUAGAAAAUGAAAACCGUGCAUCAAAAGAAAAUCGAACUACUAAACGAAAGAUGAAAUAA